CCUCGGGGCCCCCCGCCCCCCUCGGGAAAAAAUCCACCCCAAAUCACUCGAACCCGAGGGAGGCUUCCUUUCACCCUCGGGGAGACGAGCUUUCCACGGUUCCCUCCUCUUCGUCUCCCCCCAAGCCCCCGUCCCCUCCCCUGCUCCCACCCCCUUCUCCCAGCGCCGGGUGCAAGGUCCCUUUAAGGCGACGGCGCCUUCCUCGGGUCAGACUACCGGCGGCGACGACCACGGGAGCAUGGCGGACACCGACCUGUUUAUGGAAUGUGAGGAGGAGGAGUUGGAGCCAUGGCAGAAAAUCAGUGACGUCAUUGAGGACUCUGUAGUUGAGGAUUAUAAUUCAGUGGAUAAAACUACUACAGUUUCUGUGAGCCAGCAGCCUGUCUCGGCUCCAGUGCCCAUCGCUGCCCAUGCUUCUGUUGCUGGGCACCUCUCUACAUCCACCGUUAGUAGCAGCGGGGCACAGAACAGCGACAGUACAAAGAAGACUCUUGUCACACUAAUUGCCAACAACAAUGCUGGCAAUCCUUUGGUCCAGCAAGGUGGACAGCCACUCAUUCUCACCCAGAAUCCAGCACCAGGUCUGGGCACAAUGGUUACCCAACCAGUAUUGAGGCCUGUCCAGGUCAUGCAGAAUGCCAACCAUGUGACUAGUUCCCCUGUGGCCUCACAACCAAUAUUCAUCACUACCCAGGGAUUUCCUGUAAGGAAUGUUCGGCCUGUACAAAAUGCAAUGAAUCAGGUUGGAAUUGUGUUGAACGUGCAGCAAGGUCAAACAGUUAGACCAAUUACAUUAGUCCCAGCCCCAGGUACCCAGUUUGUUAAGCCGACAGUUGGAGUCCCACAAGUAUUCUCUCAGAUGACCCCAGUGAGACCAGGCUCCACAAUGCCUGUGAGGCCCACCACCAACACCUUCACCACCGUCAUCCCAGCUACUCUCACCAUUCGAAGCACCGUCCCACAGUCCCAGUCGCAGCAGACCAAGUCCACUCCCAGCACUUCCACUACUCCCACUGCCACGCAGCCAACCUCAUUGGGGCAACUAGCUGUUCAGCCUCCAGGCCAGUCCAACCAGACCUCGAAUCCCAAGCUAGCUCCUUCCUUCCCCUCUCCACCUGCAGUGAGCAUUGCCAGCUUUGUCACUGUGAAACGACCUGGGGUUACAGGUGAAAAUAGCAAUGAAGUAGCCAAAUUGGUGAAUACCCUCAACACCAUCCCUUCCCUAGGCCAGAGUCCUGGGCCAUUGGUGGUAUCCAACAAUAGUUCUGCCCAUGGUGCUCAAAGAACCAGCGGACCGGAUACUUCAAUGAAAGUGACCUCUUCCAUCCCAGUGUUUGACCUCCAGGAUGGUGGACGGAAAAUAUGCCCGCGGUGUAAUGCUCAAUUCCGUGUUACUGAAGCUUUGAGAGGUCACAUGUGUUACUGUUGCCCAGAAAUGGUUGAAUACCAGAAGAAAGGAAAGUCCCUGGAUUCAGAACCCAGCGUCCAAUCAGCAGCAAAGCCCCCAUCCCCUGAGAAAACAGCUCCUAUUACUUCCACACCCUCGUCUACACCUAUUCCUGCUCUGUCACCACCUACCAAAGUACCAGAGCCAAAUGAGAAUGUUGGUGAUGCUGUCCAGACCAAACUCAUUAUGCUAGUAGAUGACUUCUACUAUGGACGGGACGGUGGCAAAGUAUCCCAACUCACAAACUUCCCUAAGGUUGCCACAUCUUUCCGAUGCCCACAUUGUACCAAAAGGCUAAAAAACAACAUUCGAUUCAUGAACCAUAUGAAGCACCACGUAGAGCUUGAUCAGCAGAACGGUGAGGUGGACGGUCACACCAUCUGUCAGCACUGCUACCGCCAGUUUUCCACGCCCUUCCAGCUCCAGUGCCACUUGGAAAAUGUUCACAGUCCCUAUGAAUCUACUACCAAGUGCAAGAUCUGUGAGUGGGCAUUUGAAAGUGAGCCUCUGUUUCUCCAGCAUAUGAAGGAUACACAUAAGCCUGGGGAGAUGCCUUAUGUUUGCCAGGUGUGUCAGUAUCGCUCCUCACUCUACUCUGAGGUAGAUGUCCAUUUUCGGAUGAUCCACGAGGAUACACGGCAUCUGCUCUGCCCUUAUUGCCUGAAGGUCUUCAAAAAUGGCAACGCGUUCCAGCAGCAUUACAUGAGGCACCAGAAAAGAAAUGUUUAUCACUGCAACAAAUGCCGGCUUCAGUUCCUCUUUGCAAAGGACAAAAUUGAACAUAAGCUUCAGCACCAUAAAACCUUCCGUAAACCCAAGCAGCUGGAGGGCUUGAAACCAGGCACCAAGGUGACAAUCCGGGCUUCCCGAGGGCAGCCACGAACUGUUCCUAUAGCCUCCAAUGAUACACCUUCCAGCGCCUUGCAGGAGGGAGCCCCACUGACGACCUCAGCUGACCCUCUGCCUGUCUUCCUUUAUCCCCCUGUCCAGCGCAACAUCCAGAAGAGAGCUGUUAGGAAAAUGAGCGUCAUGGGCCGGCAGACGUGCCUGGAGUGCAGCUUUGAGAUCCCAGAUUUCCCUAAUCAUUUCCCUACUUAUGUACACUGCUCUCUGUGUCGCUAUAGUACCUGUUGUUCUCGAGCUUAUGCCAACCACAUGAUCAACAAUCAUGUUCCACGGAAGAGCCCCAAGUACUUGGCUUUGUUUAAAAAUUCUGUGAGUGGAAUCAAGCUGGCCUGCACUUCAUGCACCUUUGUCACCUCCAUGGGAGACGCCAUGGCCAAGCAUUUGGUGUUCAAUCCCUCUCACAGAUCCAGCAGCAUCCUGCCCCGUGGGCUCACCUGGAUAUCUCACUUAAGGCAUGGGCAGACUCGGGACCGAGUGCAUGACCGGAAUUUGAAGAAUAUGUACCCUCCUCCUUCCUUCCCUCCUAAUAAAGCUGCCACUGUGAAACCUGCUGGGCCUCCUGCCCCAGCUGAGCCCGAAGAGCUGCCCAUCCCUGUGGCCCAGGCACUCCCAUCUCCAGCCUCCACUGCAACCCCACCACCAACUCCCACUCACCCCCAGCCUUUAGCCCUCCCACCCUUGGCCCCAGAGGGGGCUGAAUGUCUGAAUGUUGAUGACCAGGACGAAGGGAGCCCAGUCAUCCAGGAACCUGAGCCAGCGUCAGGUGGCGGAGGCAAUGGGGUUGGCAAGAAGGAGCAACUUUCCGUGAAGAAGCUUCGCGUAGUCCUUUUUGCCCUUUGCUGCAAUACAGAACAGGCCGCUGAACACUUCCGAAAUCCCCAGCGACGCAUCCGGCGUUGGCUUCGUCGUUUCCAGGCCUCCCAGGGGGAGAAUCUAGAGGGCAAAUAUCUAAGCUUUGAGGCAGAAGAGAAACUGGCCGAGUGGGUCCUGACCCAGCGAGAGCAGCAGCUGCCUGUGAAUGAGGAGACCUUGUUUCAGAAAGCCACCAAAAUAGGGCGUUCUUUGGAGGGGGGGUUUAAGAUCUCCUAUGAGUGGGCUGUGCGUUUCAUGCUGCGACACCACCUGACUCCUCAUGCCCGGCGAGCUGUGGCCCACACCUUGCCAAAGGACGUGGCAGAGAAUGCAGGACUCUUCAUUGAGUUUGUACAGCGGCAAAUUCAUAACCAGGACCUACCCUUGUCUAUGAUCGUGGCUAUCGAUGAGAUCUCCCUGUUCCUGGAUACAGAGGUGCUGAGCAGCGACGACCGAAAGGAGAACGCCCUGCAGACCGUGGGCACAGGGGAACCUUGGUGUGACGUAGUGCUGGCCAUUCUGGCAGAUGGCACUGUCCUUCCCACCCUGGUUUUCUACAGAGGACAAAUGGCUCAGCCUGCUAAGGUGCCGGACUCUAUACUGCUAGAGGCAAAGGAGGGUGGCUACAGCGAUGACGAGAUCAUGGAGCUGUGGUCAUCCCGAGUGUGGCAGAAGCACACAGCUUGCCAGCGCAGCAAAGGCAUGCUGGUGAUGGACUGUCAUCGCACUCACUUGUCAGAGGAGGUACUGGCGAUGCUUAGUGCCUCGAGCACCUUGCCUGCAGUGGUUCCAGCAGGCUGUAGUUCCAAAAUCCAGCCAUUAGAUGUGUGCAUCAAACGAACUGUCAAGAACUUCCUGCACAAAAAGUGGAAGGAGCAGGCUCGGGAGAUGGCAGACACUGCGUGUGAUUCUGAUGUCCUGCUUCAGCUGGUGCUGGUCUGGCUGGCUGAGGUGCUAGGCGUUAUCGGGGACUGUCCUGAGCUAGUUCAGAGGUCCUUUCUUGUGGCUAGUGUCCUGCCAGGCCCUGAUGGCAACAUCAGCUCACCUACACGCAAUGCUGACAUGCAGGAGGAGCUCAUUGCUUCCCUGGAGGAGCAGCUGAAGCUGAGCGGGGAACAGUCUGAGGAGCCCUCAGCUUCCACUCCCCGGCCCAGGUCGUCUCCUGAAGAGACAGUUGAGCCCGAAAGCCUUCAUCAGCUCUUUGAGGGGGAAAGUGAGACGGAGUCUUUCUAUGGCUUUGAAGAAGCUGACCUAGAUCUGAUGGAGAUUUGAGUGUUGGGGUCUUGAGCGCUUGUGGAGUGGGGGUGGGGAAGUGGGGGAGGGGAGAGGGUUAGGGAAAGGGGCAUACCAGGGUGAGGUACUUGGUUUAUAUUUUUAAUUUUAUGCCACCACCCCCCCCCAACAUUGACUUACACAUCCCUGUGAAUUUGUGGAUUAUUAGAAAACUAGUAGUGAUCACGUCUGAGCCAAGGAGCUGGCCCAUUGGUCAUUUACUUCCGCUAAAGUUUUUUGUGACUUUUUUUUAUUUAAAUUACUGUGUUUGGUAUUUUUCUGAUAAAAAUCAAGAAAAAGAAAAAAAAUCCUUUAUGGGCGAAUGUUAAAUUGUUUUGGUUCCCCUUUUACCUCAAUUGUACCAUAGUACUUCUGGGUUUUUUGUUUUACUGUGUGGCCAAUGUCUUUGGGCAUGAUGCUAUCUAAUAACCAUUGUCAAUGUGAGGACAUUUCUGAAGAUGGGAAAGACAAAAGUAUGUAGCUCACAAACUGGUUUAUAUAUACAUGGAUAAAAGAAACUUUUUUCAUUGUGGUCUUAACACUUUUAUAUAAAAAUGAAAAUGGAAAAAAAAUCCCACUGAACUCUCUCUUCCUUCUCCUUUUCCUUCUCUUUCCAGAGAUGUUGUUUCUACAGCAACUCUAGAUAUAAAAUUGUGGCUUUAAAAAUGCAUGAAACCACCUUUAAUCAUCCAGAAUGAUGAAUAGAUUUGUCUUUUUCUCACCACCCUUCCUACAACAGGAACACAACAAAAACAGUAUUUUUUGCACUUGAGAUCCUUGGCCCUUUCCCCAUUCUUAACACCAUCACUCUGGACAAAGGAUCAUACAUGUGUCAUUAGCAAACGAGGUACUGAGGUGGUCAAACAAUGUUAGGGUGGAAGCCAUUCCCAGUUAUGAGUCUUCAUCCUGCAAGCCCUUGGGGCAGUCCUUGCCAUGUUGAACUUCAUCCUGUUGAGUGGACAGCAUGCCUGUUCAAGAUCACAGGUCCUGCAGCCAGGAGCUCAUUGUGCAGAUGUUAAGUGUUGAACUUUAAAAAAGCAACAGCAACAACAACAAAAAAAAACCACUUGUUGCAAAUCCUGCUUACCCUGUGACUUUCCCACAUUUAAUACUUAGAGAAGAAUUCUGACACGAAGAACAGUGGGGGUGUGCACAAAGAAACAGACAUGAAUCUUUAUUUUUCACUGCCAGCUUCAAGGAAAGAAAAUCUUUUUCUACAAUUUGCAUGAGGGAUUUUUUUUAAAACAAAAAAACUAUGUACUCAUGGUUAUAAACCAAAAUGUACUGUACCAUACAGAGAAAAGGAGCAAAAAAACCAAGUCCACCUUUCCCACAUCUACACCACUCUUCUGUCCAUCCUGAGGCUAUCAGCAAUGUUUCCCUCCUGUGAGCCGAGGAGGCAACCUGCACAAGCUUGUAAAUGGUUCAUCUUUAAAAUGUACAUAAGUGGAACCUUUAAUAAAAUGAGGGGAAAUGGAUUUAUAAACUGUCUUUUUUUCUAGGUGACCCUGUUUAAAAGGCUUUCACAGACUGGGGUAUGCUCAAGAUGUGAGGGGCCUGGUGGUGACAGGUGUGACAUUUGUUACCACCCAUUUCUCUCCCUGCCCUGUUUUUGUUUUUUAACCCCCAGCACACUAUAAUAUAGUGAACUGGAGCAGUCCCUUCCAGAACAGCUUGGCCAGCUUUGUGACCUGUGGCAUCUGAAGCUGAACUAAGGAUCCACCUGAGCUUCUCUUCCCCAGCUUUUUGCCUGAUGCCACUUUGACAGACUGUGGACUUUGACAGCCCUCUGCCUUUGAGAAAGCUCAAGACUAUGGUCACUUCUGUCUACAACCUAAUCCUACUCUUUGGUAGUCUCCGCAGCAGCCACAGCCUUAGCAGAGCUGGGUUUCUGGCCUCUGCACACUGACUUUCUGGAUGGGUUAAUUUUUCUAAGAUCAUACUACAGUGAUCAGCUGGGUUUUGGCCAGGAAGUUGUCUUUGUGGACUCUGCCUGCAUGGCUUAGUAGUAGAAGGUUUUUUGUUUUGUUUUUUAUAAUUCAGUUUAAUCAAUAAACAAGUAUUUAUUGACUA